AUGACCUCUCAAGUAUCCGAUGAGAUCAUACCCUCUCCGGAGGGUAUCUCUCCAAACAGCCCGACCGAUGCAUCAGGCCAGAUCCCAUUAGAGCAACAGCCGAAACUCAAGGGUCGUCAAAAGUUACUGCAGAAUCUCCAACGAAUGUCGUCUAGCCCGACACUGACCAGACGCGGACGCUCCUCAUCAACCGCGAGCUAUCGCAGAGACAAUAAGGCUUCGCUCUCUUGUGUUUCGCUAUCAUCGACUUCCUACUCGCCCUGUCUAGGCAAUGGAAGUUCCUCCCAGCUCUAUGCCGGCCUCAAUCCUCGGCCUGCUACUCCCGGUUGUUCUGGUUCUGCCGGUGAUCAGAACACCAACGCUCGUAUCCGUAUCAUGGACACCGAAGGCCCUAGUUCCUCAAUGCCUCGCACCGUGCCUUUACCUUUUGAUAUGAGGCCAGCAUCGCGUGGAUCGCCACGCACCGCGACGCCAGUGGGUUUAAAGGUGGAGAACGAGGUUGUCAUUCCAGAACCGCAGCCGGCCAAACCUUUUGAUUUCUGGGGAGAUAUGCCACAAGAGCUUAAGAUGGAGAUCUUUCAGUACCUCACCCCGCAAGAAAUCGUCUGCUGCUCUGCGGUGUCAAAGACGUGGAAGGAAAUGUGCUACCACGGGCAAUUAUGGUCUAAGGUUGAUGCGACUGAGUACUACUCUAAGAUCCCGAGCGAUGUUUUGGUCAAGCUUAUCACUUCUGGUGGUCCGUUUGUGCGAGACCUCAAUCUCAGAGGUUGCAUUCAGAUGCGCGAGAAAUGGUCGUCGGACGGAGAACGCAUCUCGGAUCUGUGUCGGAAUGUCGUCAAAUUUUCGCUCGAGGGUUGUCGCAUCGAUAGGGCGUCCAUCUACUCUUUCCUCCUUCGUAAUCCCCGUUUGGAAUACAUCAAUCUCUCAGCGCUGCCGACUGUGACAAACUCGGCUAUGAAGGUCAUUGCACGGUCUUGUCCUCAACUGGAGACAUUGAAUGUUUCUUGGUGUACUAGUGUUGAUACCACCGGUCUUCUUCGGAUUGUCCAGUCUUGUGAGCGGUUGAAGGAUCUUCGGGCCAGCGAAAUCCGUGGAUUUAAAGAUGAGAAAUUCACUUUGGCUUUGUUCGAGCGCAAUACUUUGGACCGCUUGGUCAUGAGUCGCACCGACCUGACCGAUCAGAGCCUGAAGAUGCUGAUCCACGGUGAGAACCCCGAGAUGGAUAUUUUGGCCGAUCGACCUAUCGUUCCACCUCGAAAGUUCCGUCACUUGGACUUGCACCAAUGUUCCGAAGUGAGCGACGAUGGAUUGAAAAGCCUGGCUUUUAACGUUCCAUAUCUGGAGGGCCUGCAAGUUUCUCAGUGCUCCGAGCUGACUGAUGAAUCCGUCAUGGCCGUCAUUCGGACGACGCCAAACCUGUCGCAUUUGGAACUGGAGGAUCUGGAGAACUUGACAAACAACACCCUAAUGGAACUGGCUGACUCUCCAUGCGCCCAACGCUUGGAACACCUGAACAUCAGCUACUGCGAGAGUCUCAGCGACACAGGAAUGCUCAAAGUCAUGAAGAGCUGUCCGAAACUCCAAUCCGUUGAAAUGGACAACACCAGAGUAUCCGAUCUAACCCUGAUGGAAGCCAGUUUCCGCGUCCGCCGUCGCGGAUACAGCGACGAUCUUCCCAAAGUCGGACUGCGACUCAUGAUAUUCGACUGCGCCAACGUCACCUGGGCAGGAGUCAGGGAAGUCCUCUCCAGCAACGCAUACAUCCCGCGCGCCUCCCGCAAGCCCGUUUCAACUGUGGUAACAGUGACACAAACAUCAGACGCCAACUCCUCCCCGGCGACAAGCACCUUCGUCACCCCGGUCUCCUCGCCUUCGCCUUCGCCAGCACCAACCUACCCCAACGAAAUCAUCCAGGUCAAAUGUUUCUACGGCUGGCAGAUGACCGUCGACGAACACAUGAAACGUGUCCUGCGCGGCGAUCUCGCUGCUGCAUCCCGGCUGGACCGGAAAUGGGCUGACUACAUGGUGGCUACGGAGGAGGCUGGUGCCGCUGGUGCUGGUGCGCGCCGACGCAGACGUCGUGCCCGUGAAGCUGAGCGUCUAUACAAUGAAGACGAAGAAGAGAACGAUGCUUAUGCCGUAGGCGCUAUCUCUGCUCUUGGUGGAAGACGCAGGCGAGCUCAGAGCGGUAGCAGCUGUCUUGUCAUGUGA